UGUAGGCUUUCUAUAAAGUUUUGGCUGUACUGCGUUUUUUGUGAAGGAACUGACAUGUUGAUAUUGUCAAGCAUAAAUAGUCUGUGUGUGUUGAUAGAUUCUGUAGGAUACAAACUGCACAACCAUUAGUCCUCUUUUGUAUUUGAGGAGUUCUGCCAGUUUAAUGUGCCAGAAAUGUUGUUAGCCUGAAAAGGCAUACAAAAUAGUAGGCCUAUGUUUUGUGCCAGGAAUUAGUCAACACAUUAGUGGUCCAAAGUAAAUAGAAAAGCAACACCCAUUCUUCCUUAUCUGCAUAAUCCUUGAUAAUAGCAUAAAAUUUUUGCAUGUUUCACUUUGUUGUUAUUUAAGCAUCUAAAAUGUUCUGGAACAUUUAGUUUGAGAUCACACAAGGCCAGUUAUUACCAUUGCCUUCACACUGAGACCCAAAAUGUAACCACAAGCAACCAUGCAAAAACAACGAUUUGCACUUACGUACAAUGUAAGUAGUGCAGUUGUUAGACUACAAAGUGAACAGCACUUUUUUCUAAAAUGUAAAAUUUGCAGCUCAAUUACCCAGACCAUAUACUAAGGCAUAACAUAACAACAUAACAUAAAACCAGUUUUAAAUAAAAUAAAUUGUGUGCACAAAUUAUUUUAAAUAAAUAAAUAAAUACUCAAAGAAACCUUGCUUCAAAUAAAUAAGUUGUGGCUGUGCAUUACAUUUAUGUCAUGUGCUCUCUGAUAAUCUUUUUUUAAAAAGGCAUGUUUGUAGACUCUUGCUGGAACCACACAUGAGAUCAGAUACGUUCACAGUAUGUUUAGGUGUGGGAGCAAAGCUCUGCAUGCAUGAGUCACAGUAAACAGACUCUGUUCUCACAGGAAGAGCAGACAGAAACAAUCUACUCUGCCUUCAGGCAAAACCCCGAAUCUUUCAAGAGCUUUAGAAGAAGAAUGGAGACCUCAGAGGAACACUAUUAUGACUACCCCGAGUAUGAAAACAACAGCUCCAACUUCAGCUACGAUGACUAUCAGACCAUCUGUGAGAAGGGCGACGUACGCUCCUUCGCGAGGAUCUUCCUCCCAGCUGUUUUUGUGUUAUCUCUAGUGAUUGGUUUAGCAGGCAACGCUCUGGUUGUGGCUGUGUAUGCAUACUGCAAGCAACUGAAAACGAUGACUGACACGUUUAUACUUCACCUGGCUGUGGCAGACCUUUUGCUGCUCCUAACGUUGCCCUUCUGGGCUGCCAAUGCCGUCCACGGGUGGGAACUCGGGGUCAUCGUCUGUAAACUCGUAUCUGCCCUGUACACCAUCAACUUCACCUGUAGCAUGAUGCUGCUGGCCCACAUCAGCAUGGAUCAGUACUUGGCUUUGACACCAGGAGCCAGAAACACAGGCAUUACGCGUGCUUUUCAAAAGAAGCAUUGUGUAAAACUCUGUUUGGUGGUCUGGACCGUUGCGUUUUUUCUUGGCGUCCCUGAUUUGGUGUUUUCAACAGUCAGAGAGCUUCCUCAUAAAAAAAGCUGCAUCGCAAUGUAUCAAUCGGACAUGGCGCUCAGGGCUAAAGCUAGUUUGGAAGUGGUGGAGGUCGUAAUAGGCUUCUUGCUACCUUUAUUAGUGAUGUUGUUCUGCUACACCUGUGUAGGCCGAGCCCUACUGAAGCUCCCUCAGGGGAGGAGGUGGAGGAAGUGGAGGUCCAUCCGUGUGCUGCUGGUGAUGGUGGGAGUCUUUGUGGUCACGCAGCUGCCCUAUAAUGUGGUCAAGUUCUGCCGGGCUAUGGACAUCAUGUACACGUUUGUGACUCACUGCGGGGUUAGUAAAGAGCUGGACAAGGCUACUCAGGUCACAGAGAGCCUGGCAUUGACACACUGCUGUCUAAAUCCUAUUCUGUACACUUUUGUCGGUUCCUCCUUCAGACAGCAUGUAUUGAAGUGUGCCAAAGACUUUGGAGAUAGGGGAAGGAGGUUGGCACGUACGAGAGAGCAACAAGAAGUGGAUAUCUCCUUGAAUUCUCAUUCACAGUCCCAAGAGACCAGCACUUUUUCUAUUUGAGCAAACUGAAGAGUAGAUGUUUACUAGCCUGUGGAGCUUUGCACAAUCUGCCCCUUUGCAAAAUAUGUACACAUUUACAGGGAAAAAUUAGUGAAGACAUAAGGCAGUAUUUUGACCAGAACAGUAAAAUUCUAACUGAAGUAAAAGCUAAGAUGCAAGAUGUCGAUAGUUGGGUUUAUACGAAACAAAUGGAAAAAGAACAAGUCCGCAGAGUGAUACGAGAGAUACGAAAAUAGCGCCGGACUACUAGCGGACAGAUGGUGAGUUCAACUCCUCCUUUAUGAGUUAGAACAUCUGGUGCGUUUAAAUAACCUUGGUCGAAGCAAGAUGUCUCUUUUGCAUAAUAUUUAACAAGAUUUUCUUAACUCUACAUCUACAAAAUGAUGAAUAAAGAAGAGUUUCUACUCGUAGGCUAAUUAUGACUUUGUGUGUAACGUUAUGACUUUGUGACGUUCAUGUUCGUUUAAUAAAUACAACCUUUCCCACAUGACUUGAAAACACCUUGAUAAACAUCAUUGCCAAUGAGAACAGUGAAUAUAGGCUAAUGGUACGUUCAAGUCCUCCUGAAGUUCGUAUUUACGAGUUGGCAUGUCUGUCAGGUGCCUUCAAGUUACUUUGGUCGGAUGGCGAUGCAUCUUUUCUAUUGUCAGGGCCGUCCUUAGUGGGGUGCAACUGCUGCGGUCGCACCGGGCCCCGCGCUUGAGGGGGCCCCGCGGCGAACGGCCAACCAACCCCACCCCCCAUGGAACGCGAUUGCGAAUGGACCGAGGGGUGCCCCGCGUC